UUAAUUGUCGGUCUCCGUCAGCUGACGAGAUGGGCAGGGUUUAAGAAGAAGGGAAGCCAUCUUAGAGCUUCUGCUUAAAGAGAGUAAAGCUGACGAGCUACAGCAGACCAAAUAAGACAUACAGCCAAAAGCGUAGCGGUAAUCUCCGCCAUCCGCGGAAGCACCUGAGGAAAUGAAGUAAACAUAUUGAAGAUAAAUUGGAGCAAGAGUGGAUUUAAAAAAAGAGAAGAAAAUCACAGUAAUAAAAUGACUGACACUGGCUUGUUGACCACUGGAUUGUCUUAGGGGACCCGAACCACAGAGGUGGGGUGUGGCAGCACUGUGCCAGUGUCUCAUGCUUUGCAAUAUUGACUCAUUUACUGAGCAAGACAUAAAAACAUUAAACGAAGGAUUAAAAUAUUGAUGAAAAAGACUGACUCAAGGAAGAAGCUCUUUCUAUUAACCAGAGACUGAGUCCGGGAUUUUUCGGAUUCUCUCAAACAUUUGAGAAGAGACGAUUCUCUAUAUUAAGACUUGGAUUGAUUUGAAAUAUUUGUUGAACUGAGUAGCCAUGAGCACCGCUAGAACAGAGAACCCAGUGAUCCUGGGAUUGUCCAGUCAGAAUGGUCAGCUACGAGGAUCAGUGAAGCCAGCAGGGGGCCCCAGUGGUGGCGGGGGUGGGGCCCAGCUGCAGCCGACCAGUCAGGUAAAGUCAUCCAGCACAAUCAACAACGGCAGCUCCCAGCCCAUGCCCACAGCCAACACAGUCAUCAAGCCUGGAGAUGACUGGAAGAAGAAUCUAAAACUUCCUCCUAAAGAUAUGAGAAUGAAAACUUCGGAUGUGACGGCCACAAAAGGCAAUGAGUUUGAAGAUUAUUGCCUGAAGAGGGAGCUCCUGAUGGGGAUCUUUGAGAUGGGUUGGGAGAAACCCUCACCCAUCCAGGAGGAAAGCAUUCCCAUUGCGUUGUCUGGGAGGGACAUCCUGGCCAGAGCCAAGAACGGCACUGGCAAAAGUGGCGCCUACCUCAUUCCCUUACUUGAACGCAUUGACCUGAAGAAGGACUGCAUACAGGCCCUGGUCAUUGUGCCCACCAGAGAACUGGCUCUGCAGGUGAGCCAGAUCUGCAUCCAGGUCAGCAAACACAUGGGUGGGGUAAAAGUCAUGGCCACCACAGGGGGCACCAACCUUCGCGAUGACAUCAUGAGGCUCGACGAGACGGUGCAUGUUGUCAUUGCUACCCCCGGAAGGAUUCUGGAUCUCAUCAAAAAGGGAGUGGCCAAAGUGGAUCAGGUGCAGAUGAUUGUGCUGGAUGAGGCGGACAAGCUCCUGUCCCAGGACUUUGUGCAGAUGAUGGAGGAGAUUCUGAGUUUCUUGUCGAAACAGAGGCAGAUCUUGCUGUAUUCAGCCACGUUUCCACUUAGCGUGCAGAAAUUCAUGGGCUCCCAUCUGCAGAAGCCGUAUGAGAUUAACCUGAUGGAGGAGCUGACUCUGAAGGGAGUGACCCAGUAUUACGCCUAUGUGACUGAGAGACAGAAAGUCCACUGCCUUAACACGCUCUUCUCCCGGCUCCAGAUUAAUCAGUCUAUAAUCUUCUGCAACUCAUCCCAACGUGUUGAGUUGCUGGCCAAGAAGAUCUCCCAGCUGGGCUACUCCUGCUUCUAUAUUCACGCCAAGAUGAGACAGGAGCACCGUAACCGCGUGUUCCAUGACUUCAGAAACGGCCUCUGUCGGAAUCUCGUCUGCACUGACCUCUUCACCAGAGGAAUUGACAUUCAAGCUGUGAAUGUGGUGAUCAACUUCGAUUUUCCCAAGCUGGGAGAAACGUACCUGCAUCGCAUUGGCCGGUCUGGACGUUUUGGACAUCUGGGCCUGGCCAUCAACCUGAUCACGUACGACGACCGCUUCAACCUGAAGGGCAUCGAGGAGCAGUUGGGGACGGAGAUCAAGCCCAUUCCAGGCAGCAUUGACAAGAGCCUGUAUGUGGCAGAAUAUCACAGCGAGAGCGGGGAGGAGCUGAAACUCUGAGGACAGGUUCCCCCCCCUCCUCCCCCCACCCCAUAUCUUUUUGGGAGGAUUUAUAUAUUUUGAAAUGCAUAAACCUUCCAUCUUCCAAACCUUCUUUUUUUUUAAUUUAUUUCUUUUGUGCCAGCAAAUGAAAAGGAAUGUGAGUUGCAAACAGACGUUGGGACGAAUUGGCCGCCUUUUCCACCGACAGGAGGACGUUUUAAGUGCACUACCGCUUCCUAAAGAGCAGAGGGGACCAAGAGAGGCUCUUCUCAAAGCAGACACCCAACACCCAGCCUCUUCCCUGCAGUAUGGCUAUCUACCCUCAGCCAGCACUUGUCACCAUUUUUUUUUUAUUUUUUUUUUUCCCUUGAUUUCUGCCUCCUCCCCUUGCUGUUUUUGGUUUUAAGGUUUUUAGCAAUUUAUCAAGUGCCUUAAGCAGCUGAACUUUUUCAGAGUAAUAACCUCCUUAUUCUCAGACUUCAUCGUUCAGUGUCCCGUCCCUGAUUUCAUGAGGUCCAUAUUUUGUUUUGAGGGGGGGGGAAACCUGCCCGUCCGAACACAUGAAAUGAGACUCCACCCUCUGACGGCGAGUGAGGAUUUGGAGAUGUCGAGAUGGGAAUAGAUCUGCGCUGCAUUUGCUGCUCAAGACUGUCACAUGACACAUGGGAUCUUCGUUCUGGGGAAGUGUGAUUUGUGUUCUCUGGUCCCAGCUAUGGGGGAAGGAGGGGUCUGGGUCUCACUUUUUGGUCAAGGAACGUUUUGCUGAUAACGACCCAAACUGUACCCUCCCUGCUCUUCAGUGUUGAGAUGUUAGGACUGCACCCUGAUUCUGAGCAGCCAUCUCCCCUGGCAACAACAAUUUCUUCUGAUGUGGGGUAGGGUGGGGUGGGGGGUGGGGGCUUCCCCCCCCCCCCCUUCUCAUCAGUCAUGCUUUGUUUUGGUCACCCUUCUCCAAGAUGUGCUGUGGAAACACAUUUGGCACGAUGUAACUUUUGUAAAUACUUCAUUUAAUUUUAGGAUUGUUUUAGACAAGUUGAAAAGGCUGGCUAUCGCACAGACAGAAGGCACCUGAGGUUUAGGACCUUGUCAACGCAGGUUUCAACCAGAUCAGCCUUUUUGGGCUCAACUGUAUUACUGGGGCUAAAUUUUACUGUCACUUCUGACAGAGUAUUUAUUACUGGUUAAAAGGAAUUGAUUAGAUGUUUAACCACUAAAACAUGACACUCAGUUCCUGGUGCUGAAUGUAGGGGAUCCAGUGUUUUGACUGGUGAUGAAGGAUGCUUUCACCGAGCACCUCUGCAAAUCACAUGUUGUGUACCCCUCCCUCCUUGCGUUUUGACCAGUUCCUAUUCUCUGCUGGUGACCUGCCUGUACGCCUAAUUGUAUAUGUGAGACGAUGUGGACUUUUUUUUAUUUUUUUUUUCCCUCCCCAGCCUUUGCUUGUAACACUGACUUACGAGGCACUUGUCAGAUAAGGAGUGAGGAUAGGAGCUGGUUUUGACAUUAGCGUACGUAGCGAUCUGCUGAGGCGCAGCCUGGUGGGCAGUGGUCUGUACGCACUGCUGUGGGCAGCAGCUCUUUGUCUGAGCUGUUUAUUAUUAUUUUGUUCUUCCCCCCCCUCCCAUCUAUAAGUGAACAUCUCGGCAGGGAGGGGGCUGAUUGUCUGAUCCUAUAUGUUAGCAGGGUUGUGUGAUUCUAGUGCAUCGUAAGCCAGCCGGCUUUAGAAACCUGUUUACAGAAGACUCUGCACAGGUCAGGAGAGAGCUGACUGCGUUCGUGCUGCAUUUCAGCGCAGCCU